GAGUGCCAGUGGUGUGACGCGUAUUUUAAUAUUCACGAGCGUCCCACCGCGAGCCCCCCCCAGUGGUGCGCCAGUGUGAUUGUGUUGGCUUUGUCUCAUUGGGCAGGACGCACAUUGUCGGGUGUUAUACCCCGUAAAAGCGCAGUGGUCCGUUCAUUUUUUAUUUGCGCUCAGGAAGAUGUCGUCUCUGUACAAGCCGUUCAGUGUUUCCGAUGGGCCGUGUAAAGAUGCGAUAUGGAGACGCGGAUGCAAAUCUGUGCAGCAUCCCGCAGCGCUGAGCUCCGCGCCGUCACCACCACCACCGCCGCCGCCAGGUUUGUGUGUCAUCGCGCGCAGUUUCACCCCAAUUCACAAUGUGUGCGAAGGAAAACGGCGUUUUGCUGCUGCUGCAACGAGCGGGAGGAAAAUCACUCACCCAGGAAAGGCAAUUCUCGCAGGUGGCAUUGCAGGAGGUAUUGAGAUCUGCAUCACCUUCCCGACAGAGUAUGUGAAGACUCAGCUGCAGCUGGAUGAGCGGGCAAAUCCACCUCGUUAUCGAGGGAUAGGGGACUGUGUGAAGCUGACUGUUCAGUAUCACGGUUUCAGAGGGCUGUACAGAGGCCUGAGUUCACUACUCUAUGGCUCCAUCCCAAAGUCUGCGAUUCGGUUUGGCACAUUUGAGGUCCUGAGCAAUCCGAUGAGAGACGAUACUGGUCGCCUUGAUAACACUCGCAGCUUGCUGUGUGGCCUGGGAGCGGGAAUCGCUGAAGCAGUGCUAGUGGUCUGUCCAAUGGAAACGCUCAAGGUGAAGUUAAUCCAUGACCAGUGCUCUCUUCGUCCACGGUACAGAGGCUUCUUCCAUGGCGUGCGGGAAAUAAUUCGUGAUCAGGGGGUUCGUGGUACGUACCAAGGGCUGACCGCUACACUACUGAAACAGGGGAGCAAUCAAGCUAUACGCUUUUAUGUCAUGAACCUUCUGCGCAAUUGGUAUAAAGGUGAUGACCUUACACGUGAGAUACAUCCCCUGGUCACGGCUAUAUUUGGGGCGACUGCAGGUGCAGCAAGUGUCUUUGGAAACACACCUUUGGAUGUGGUGAAGACCAGGAUGCAGGGUCUGGAAGCCCAUCGUUAUAAGAACACGCUAGACUGUGCUUUCCAGAUACUAAAGAAUGAAGGCCCACAAGCGUUCUACAAAGGCACGGUUCCUCGGCUGGGCCGGGUGUGUCUGGAUGUCGCCAUUGUCUUUGUCCUGUACGAGGAGGUUGUAAAGCUUCUGAACAAAGUCUGGCCGACAGACUGAGGACGUUAACGACUUGCUCUGUAGAGAACGAUGACUAAUGUAGACACAGUUGUCAGUGUCACUCAAAUGAUAAGGCUAAGUGUUACACUGAUCCCUGGCUGAGUGCACUGGGUUAGGCAGCCAUGUGUAUGAGAGGGAGGGUGGAGAAUUAAGCUCACAAGUGGUGUUCUGAUGCACAGUGUGUUCCUAAUGUUUAUGUCUAGCACAUACAUGCAAAGAGUAUUAUCAAGUUGUACUUUCUCACUUGAUGCAAAACCAUGCAACGGUGUUCACUUGCAUCUUGUUACUCGUGCUAAUCCACUUCUGUGGCAAAGUGCACAAUUCCCUCGCUCUCAAUUUAACCAACUUGUAUAGUUCUUAAAUUUUUCUAUUAAUUGCACUGAAAUGUUUAACAAAAUAAAGGAAACGGUUGAGAUGUAGAUGAUUGUUUUGUGCGAGUAUUUCCUUAUUGUUCAAGAAUUGGAAUUUUGUGUCCGAUUUCUAAAUUAGUGCUUUACCUAUUGCUAAAGCAGACUAAAGCACUUUGGAAGGCUGGUAAAGACGAGCUGUUCAACCCCAGCCCUGACUCAUCACAUUGUAAAGAAGAGAAGGAAACUAGAGAUUUUCUUGGCUUUAGCUCCAACAGAUGGGUGUGAGGCUCAAGUUCAUGUCUAUUCUUUGCCUUAUCUGGGUUGAUAAAAAUAUUUGUUAAAAUUAAAACAUCUAUUUUUGUGUAACUAGGUUUAGUGUAGUUUGUGUUUUGUGUGGAUCUCCAGGAACAGGGUUGGUGACCAUUGCUGUAGUCUGUCACAGAGACAGGGAAUUUGAUUAGUAUGUCUAUAGUACUCCCUCUCCCUACUCUGGCAAGAGCGGUAAGUCUGUUCGGCCUGAUGGUGGCACUAUAGUACAAUAUUUUAAGUAUAUUCAUUUGUAGUUUCUCUAUUGUUCUAUGUAACUUGGCAAGAACUUUGUUCCAUUUUCUAAGGAUCCUGAGACCCUACGUGUUGCUGCUUGUGGCUAUAUUUGAAUUUUGUUAUAGAAAGAAUGAGUAAAUUUAUCUAUUACUGCUUAGACCAGUGUUUUCCCAACCGGGCUGCCGUCUGAUGAGAGCAGGGAUGAGGUGUAAAAAUCCUUCAAAGAUUUCUAAAAUGCUAAAAUGUUUAUGAAACAUUUAGUAUGUAUGAUAUUUCAGACAUCAGAUUUUGUUUUACAGAAAUAACAGACACAAAUGAUAAGACAGACACAUGCAUAACAAUACUAAAAAGUAAUUUAUCUAUAUAUAAAAUAAAGUCCUUCGCUGACCUGUCAGCAGCACGUCAAUGUUAGUGUGCGUGUGAUUCAUCUUAAUAAUUAGCGUGGUGUGAAGUAAGUGUGUGUGUGUGUGUGUGUAGUGCAAAAGAAUAUUGACAGAUUUCUUAAAAGAAAACCUCCAGAUGCUUCUGGACCAUCAACUUCAUCCUCAUGUAGCUAAAGCCUUGUUUAUACUUCCGCCUCGACCUACACUGGCUGCACGCGCACCUUCCCAAACUGACAAGGCGUUUAUAUUUGACGCGCUCGAGGCUGUAACAGUCUUUGAAACGAAAGGGGGCGACUUUGAGUAAUCGUCCUAUAAACCAACAGGAAAUAGCUGAGAGAAUAAGUAGUUUGUCGGAACAACCAUAGCAGCGUUUACAAACAAGGUGUCUCGCGUGGAGUUGCUGAAUGCUAAGGAGGAAUUGUUUGUUGUUGACGACAACAACAAAUUGUUGUUUACGACAAAUGAAAAUUGUUUGUUUUCAGUAAACUUCACUUCAAAGAAUCAUAUAAGUAUCAUAUAAAACUCAGUAAAUCUUGAGAUUACCACUUAUCACAUUACAACAAAAUAUAGCU